AUGUCUUCUGCAGUAGCUGAACUGGAGAGCCUGCUCCAAUCUAUGCUAGCUCUCAAGCCGCCUGGUGUAUCUGGCUCAAAGAUCGGCGGCAUCACAAACUUGUGCAAUGCCAACGUGCAGAAUGAAUCAGUUCUCAUCCAGAAGAUUUACACUCACUUCAAGAAAGCACCGGGCUCCCACAAGCUGGGUGUGCUCUAUGUGGUAGACUCAGUAACUCGACAAUGGGUAGAGGCUGCGCGGAAAGCCGGACAAGCUCCUGGAAGCGAUGCACCUGAUGGAACUUUCGCCGCUGGUGUCAAGCGUGUCACUGACCUCCUGCCUGUCUUGAUGACAGAUAUCAUUAACAAUGCUCCCCAAGACCAAAAGGACAAGAUCAAGAAACUGGUCGACAUUUGGGAACGUGGUGCAACUUUCCCCUCACCAAUGCUCACAUCGUUCAAGGAUAAAUUGAAUGCUGCUCAGAGUAAGCUAUCCGCCAUGAUGAAACCCUAUUAUACCAGUACUCACAAUUUACCAGACGUGGAAUCGAACACCCCCGAGGGGUCUCCUGCGCCAACUGCAAACCCGCUUGGAAUUCCGCAACAGCCCGCCGCACCCGAUACCUCGAGCAUCCUGAAAGCUUUAGCCGACAUGGCCAAGCAAAAUACUGCUGCACCUUCUGCGGCCUCCGCUCCCGCACCGACCAACCCUCUAGGCGCUUUCAACUCAUCCGCUGCACCUCCUUCUGCUGAUCCGGCAUCGCAAAUGGCUGCUGCGAUGAAUGCAUAUGGCGCUGGCGGACCUGUCGCACCUUCUUUCCCAGGCAUGCCCAGCAUGGCUCAAAAUCCUGCACUUCAGCCGCAGAGUCAGACCGGAACUCCAAAUCCGAUGGCCGCCGCUAACCCGUUGGCCGCGAUGCUUCCUCAAUCCACGCAGCCUGCCGGCCCCGACCAAAACGCAAUGGCACAGCAGCUUCAGCUCCUCCAAAUGCUCGCUUCUCAGGGUAUACCUCAGGAUCAGUGGGCAACUGCCUUGCAGCUCUUUACCAUGACCAACAACGGCGGUAUGGGCGGUAUGCCCGGUAUGCCUGGUAUGCCUAGUGGACCCAUGGCUGGAUUCAAUCCGAUGCAAGGACAAAACGUUGGCAAUUGGGGUCACUCGGAUUCUCAGAACAAAGAUGAUCGUGGUCGGGAAUACCCUCGCUCGCCGCCCACUGGAUAUCGUCGCCGUUCUCGCUCCCCGGGCUGGGAUAGACGCCGUACUGCCUCGCCACCUCGUCGCCGUGAAAGCCCCGUCUAUGGAGAAUAUCACGGUGAAUCACCUGGUCGUCGUGGAGAUCCUCGUGAUGCGCGUGGCCGUCGUGGUGAGUAUCGCCAGCGCAGCCCUGUUGGUGGUCGCGGUGGUAGACGGCGCUCGCCUUCGCCUGCUCGCAGCAAGGAUCCCAACCUGCCUCCCCCUGGUCCCAAGUUCAUUGAGUGGGACUAUUCAAUUGGUCAGGGUAUGAUCAAAGUCUUGAGCCGAACUCUGUUUGUUGGUGGUGUCACCUCCUCGGAGAGUCACUUGCGUCAGCUCUUUGGCCAGUUUGGAAUCGUUCAAACCUGCAUUGUCAACGUAGACAAGCGCCACGCUUUCAUCAAGAUGGUUAGCCGUGCCGAUGCGAUGCAGGCACGCGAUGGAAUGGAAUCUUACCGCACCGGCGAAAUGCAACUCAGGACUCGAUGGGGUGUCGGCUUCGGUCCUCGUGACUGCAGUGAUUACCAGACUGGAGUCAGCAUCAUCCCGAUUGAGCGAUUGACUGAAGCUGAUCGCAAGUGGAUGCUUACCGCGGAGUAUGGCGGAACUGGGGGACGUACAAUUGAAUCUGGAAUGGUUGUCGAGGAGCCCGAUAUUGAGAUCGGCGCAGGUGUCUCUUCUAAGGCCAUCAGCCGUCGUAUCGCCACUGACACUGGCGGUAAGCGGGGUCCCAUUUCCACUCGCACGAAUCCCAACCAUGAUACUCGCUUCGGUGCUCGCCGUCCUGAUCGUGAUGGAUACGGUGGCGCGUCCCAUAUGGGUGGCCAGGGUGAACAUGAAAUUUCCAACAUGAAUAGUCAGGGAGCCGCCCCUGCAGUUCCGUCGUAUGGGUUUAAUUUCGCCAGCAUGCCCAUGUUGCCUCCCGGUUUCAUGCUGGGUGGUGCUCAGGGUGGUAUGCCUGGUGCUCAGCCUCCUUCGGGUGGCCAGGGUAACUGA